AAAGAAGUGACCUCUGUCUUCCUCCUCUGUGAUAUUACCAUCUUCUCUGAAGCAAGUAACUUAACAUUAAAAAACCUUUUCUCCAUACUUGGAGUUGAAUAUACACUCUUUGUAGAAGAAUGGAUUUCUUGACAUUCAACCAAUUUGUCGUGCUUCUCUGGAAAAAUUUUACCAUAAAGAGAAGGCAUUACAUUAAUUUAUUAUUUGAAGUCCUAACAGCAGCAGUGUUUCCAAUAUUGCUUUUGUUAUUCCGUUCAUUUAAUAAUGUAAAUAUUGAAGGACCUCGAUAUUAUAAUCCUAUUCCCAUCAGUGGCCUGCCUUCUUUCCUCAAAAAUCCUCAGGAGUGGGAAUUGAUUUACGUGCCUUCCAAUAUUAAUGUGGUCAAAGAGAUCAUUGAGAACGUGAAGAGGAAUUUAAACAUCAGUAUACGAGUUCAUGGCUUUUAUUCAGAAAGUGAGUUUGAGACGUACGUGAAGUAUGACUAUACAUCUCAUAAAGUGCUGGCUGCCGUUGUUUUUGACAAUGAUUUCAAAAACAUCAAUGACUCUCUGCCACUUCAGGUAAAAUAUCAUCUGCGUUUUGUUAGGAGACAAAGGACUGUCCUAUCGCCAAAAGAGUCAGGCUGGAAAACAUCCUUACUCUUUCCUAUUCACCCCACUUUAGGACCCAGGAACCCAGCAGACAAUGAUGGAGGGCGUCCUGGGUACAUCAGAGAAGGGUUCCUGGCUGUGCAGCAUGCCUUAGAUAAGGCCAUCAUGCUGUACCAUGGGGACCGUGCUGCCCAGAAGCUGUUUGAUGGCAUUAGUGUUCUUGUACAGAGGUUUCCACAUCCAGCUUAUUCUGAAGACGGGUUACUUAAGAUCAUUAGUACAUUCCUCCCUUUGAUGUUCUUACUCAUGUUCUCUCCAACUGUACUUUCCAUCAUGCGAACCCUUGUGUCAGAAAAAGAAAAAAGAUUGAAGGAGUACCAACUCAUAAUUGGACUUAAAAACUGGAUGAUCUGGGCUUCCUAUUUCCUCAUAGCCUUCUUGUUUUAUAUCAUUAUUAUCUCUUUGAUAUGUGUGUUAUUAUUUGUCAAGAUUAUCAAUGAGCCAAUUUUCCGCUACAGUGACCAUAGCUUCAUCUUUGUCUUUUUAAUGUGUUAUGCCAUUGCUUCAAUAUUAUUUGGCUUUAUGGUUAGCACAUUCUUCAAUAAAGUCCAUUUGGCUGCUUCUGCUGGAAGCCUCCUAUAUUUUGCCAGUUUCUUUCCAUUUAAAUCUAUUAUUAAUAACUAUGGACAGAUAACAUUCACCAACAAGAUGGCUGCCUGUCUCAGCUCAAAUGUUGCACUGGCUCUGGGGAUUAAUCUUCUGCUCAAGUUAGAAAUAAAGGAAAUUGGUCUUAAGUGGGAUAACCUUUGGACACCAGCCACCCUUGAGGAUAAUCUCACAUAUGGCUAUAUGAUGGGAAUGCUUUUACUUGAUGCUUUCUUGUACGGCCUUGUGACGUGGUAUAUAGAAGCUGUCUUUCCAGGAAAGUAUGGUGUGUCCCAACCAUGGAAUUUUUUUCUUAUGCGCUCAUACUGGUAUGGCAAUCCAAGAAUUAUAAGGAAAGAGGAAGAAAUGAAAGGCUGUGGAAGAACUCAAAGCAAAUAUUUUGAGGCUGAACCAACUGGAUUGGUGGCAGGUAUCCAGAUCAAACAUUUGCACAAGGAAUUUGGUGCCAAAGUAGCAGUAAACAACAUGUCUUUGAACUUAUAUAAGGGGCAGAUCACUAUUCUUCUUGGAGAAAAUAAGGCAGGAAAAACUACCACCUUGUCUAUUCUCACAGGUUGUUUACCUCCAACCAGAGGAGAGGUCUACGUUAAUGGAUAUACCAUCUCAAAGAACCUAACCGAUAUUCGAAAAAAAUUGGGCCUUUGCCCACAGUGUGACUUACUGUUUAAUGACUUGACACUAUCAGAACACCUUUAUUUCUACUUUAUGUUAAAAAGAAAAUGUCAAAAGAUGUACCCUAUGGAGGCUGACCAUAUGCUGUCUACUUUUAACUUGCUAGAAAAGCGUGAUACAAUUUCCAAGUCACUGAGUACAGGAAUGAAGCGCAAACUCUCUGUCAUGAUAGCACUUAUAGGAGACUCUGAGGUGGCGAUAUUUGAUGAGCCCACAGCUGGCAUGGACCCCAUCUCAAAAAGAGUCACCUGGGACCUCCUUCGGCAGUAUAAACAGGACCGUACCAUCUUAGUGACCACCCACCACAUGGAAGAAGCUGACAUCCUGGGCGACCGCAUUGCCAUCAUGGUGAAGGGAACUCUGCAGUGCUGUGGCUCUUCAGUCUUCCUGAAACAAAUAUAUGGUGCUACAUACCGCAUAAUCAUGGAGAUUGAACCACAGUGUGAUGUCGAAAAGCUCUCUGCAGUGAUUCAGUCUUAUAUUCCACAUGCCACCUUGGAAAAGUACACUGAAGCUGAAUUAUCAUUUAUCCUACCCAAAGAGUAUAUAGAAAGAUUUGAAGCUCUGUUUGAUGAUCUGAAAGAGAAGAAGAGUGAGCUGGGCAUUGCCAGCUUUGAUGCUUCAAUUACUACCAUGGAAGAAGUCUUUCAUAAGGUCAAUAAACUGGCAAAUUCCCAAGUGGAUAUUCUACCCACCAUAUCCUCUUCCUUGGAAGGCCAAAGAAAAAGGCGAGACAUGAAGCAGAAUAGGAUUAUGCCCAGAAACUACAACACACCAGUUUCCUCCAGACUGGAUGAAAUUGCUAGCAUUGAAUUUAACACUGGGUUUCCACUUUACUGCCAGCAAUUUUAUUGCAUGUUUAUAAAGAGAGCACUAUUCAGUUUGCGUAACUGGAAGCUGAUGUUGCUACAGAUAUCAGUAAUUGUCGUUGUCACUGCAUAUCUAUUAACAACUCAAAACUUACUUUCUGAGGUACCCAUCAGAGAAAUUGAUUUGAGUCAGUAUGGUCGAACAGUUGUGCCUUACUCAGUUUCAGGGGAAUCUGAUUUGGCUAUGAAUUUCAUAAAGAACCUUAAGAUUUUUCUAAUGUUGAAGAACCAAGAAUUUCAUGAAGCACAAGGUAAUGUAAGAGAUUACAUAUUGGAAAUUAAAGAAUUUAAUUACUUCUCCAUUAUUGCCUUUUCCAUUGAGGUUGAGAAAAACAAAACAAUAUUUACUAUUUUGUUCAAUAAUGAGGCAUAUCAUUCAGCUACAACAUCUCUGGCAGUGUUAGACAACAUCCUCUUUAUGUCACUUUCUGGCCCCAGUGCUUCCAUUAAAGUCUCCAACAAGCCUCAGCCUCUCCCUCUUUAUAUUUCUCAUACAGUGCCUAUAAGCCGAAAACAGACAGUAUCAUAUUUGGCUUUUGGCAUGGCUAUUAUAGUCGCUAGCUUUGGCCUCCAGACAGUGAAUGAGAGAAUCACUAAGGCAAAGCACAUCCAGUUUGUGAGUGGGGUCUAUGUCCUUACAUACUGGCUUUCUGCUCUACUGUGGGAUCUCAUCUACUUCUUCAUUUCCUGCUGCCUACUGCUGGGAGUGUUCAAAUACUGCGAACUGGCUGCAUUUGUGGAAAACUACAACUUUCUGGACACAUUGAUGAUCUUCAUGCUAUACGGUUGGUCUGCUGUUCCUCUCAUGUACCUGGGAAGCUUCCUGUUUACUAGUAGUACUGCUGCCUACAUCAAGCUCACCCUCUUUAACUACUUUUCAACUGUGUUCAGCCUCAUCGUUCAGACCAUAUUGGAAUUCUAUGAAAUUAUAGGCGAUGACAUUUCUUACUUCCACAAAGUCUUCAUAAGUAAUGUGUUUCUGAUGCUUCCCAGUUAUAACUUUGCAAUAAGUGUCAGCAGAUUCCUUGAAGACUAUGAAGUAAAAAGACUGUGUAGCCAAGACUUUCAAAACAUCUAUGUGAACUGCAAUGAAAGAUUUACUAAGAACAAUAUCUAUAGUUUUGGAAAUCAAGGGAUUGCAAAGUUUUUGAUUUCAUUGGCUGUCCUGGGCUUAUUUUAUCUCCUCUUGCUUUUUUGUCUGGAGACUACAUCCUGGAGAUUGAAAAACUUUCUCUUUCAAAAAAUUGUGUCUAAAGUGUACAACAUAUUCAUGAAAGGCAAGAAGGCUAUAGUGUCCACGCAUGUAGUCAACGAACAUGUGGAUGAAAAUGUAGAAAAUGAGAGGAAGAAAGUCUUGGCACAGCCUCCUAAACUGAAGAAGCGCCCACUGCUUCUCAAAGAACUUGUGAAGACUUAUUAUAAGUGUCCAGUUGUAAAGGCUGUAAGAAAUGUCUCCCUUGUCGUAAAAAAUUCUGAAUGCCUUGGAUUACUUGGAUUAAAUGGAGCCGGAAAAACCAGUAUAUUGAAAAUGUUAACUGGAGAUGAGACCAUAAGCUCUGGAGCUGUAUUCAUUGAUGGCAUUAGCAUCAUUGAAAAUAUCAGAAAGGUUAGGUCAAGAAUUGGCUAUUGUCCUCAAUCUAACCCUGUGCUUAACCACAUGACGGGCCGGGAAUUGCUGAUCAUGUAUGCCAGGCUGCAGGGGGUGCCUGAGCCAAAUAUCUGCAAGUAUGUAGAAAUCUUUUUGUACUCAAUGAACCUAAAAACCCAUGCUGACAACUUUGUCUACACAUACAGUGAAGAAGACAAACGUAAAUUGAAUACUAUUAUUGCCCUAAUGGGAAAGUCCUCAGUUGUCUUCCUGGAUGAACCGUCUUCUGGCAUGGACCCCAUUGCCAGGCGCCUGCUCUGGGACACAAUAACAUGGAUGUGUAAAGCUGGCAAGGCUAUCAUCAUAACUUCCCACAGCAUGGAAGAAUGUGAGGCCCUUUGUACCAGGCUGGCCAUCAUGGUAAAGGGGAGGUUCAAGUGCCUUGACAGUCCUCAGCAACUCAAGAACAAGUUUAGUGAUAUAUACACUCUGACCGUAAAGAUUAAGAUUGAUAAGAAUGAAAAUAAACAAAAGGAGUUCAAAGAAUUUAUUGCAACAACAUUCCCAGGUAACAUUGUAAACCAGGAAUAUCGAGGAAUUAUUUACUACCACAUUCCCAAAAAGGAAAUCUGCUGGGGAAAGGUGUUUAGUAUUUUGGAAAAAGCUAAAGUGCUAUUCAAUUUAGAAGACUAUUUUAUCAGUCAGAUAACACUGGAACAAGUCUUCCUGGCCAUUGCUAAUGUUGAUAAAAUGGAAGGUGAUCAAGAAGUAAAGCUGCUAUAAAAUUCA